ACACAAAAGCCGAAUGAUAAAAUUGCAAGUUUUUAAUGUAUUUGAUCAAGCAAGAUGAUGGUAGACACGGUUGUAUGCACCAGGCCGUUGAGUGAGGAGGAAUUAAAUUUGAGAAAGAAGGCAUUGAGGCAUGCUGUGCUAUGUAUAGGAUGGGUGAAAGUUACCUCAGUAGUAUGCUACGCGAUACUAUAUUUUCUCGUCCAUGUCAACAGCAAAGGGCAUAUGUCAACCGUGCUGAAAAUAAUGCUACUGGUCAUGAUACCCGCUCAAGUGUUUCAUGGACUCAUUCUGUUCCUUGGCGCUGUUGAUGAAAAGCUAUGUGUGCUAGAAUUAGGACUAUGGCUCUGCCUAAUACUGGCUUCAUACAACACAGUGCUGGGUGUAAUGGGUGGCGUGUACUUCAUAAGGAACGGACACAUAACGAUACACUUCUUCUUGGCAGUCUUCUUUGCGAUCAUGGCAAUUUCUUUAAUCACUGUUAUGUGCCACGACAUUUUAAUAAUAUUCGCGUACAAGAAAAGUGUUCAAUCAACCCCGCCGCCAGAGGUCCCGAACAAUAGAAUGAUCACGUGGAGUAAAGUAUGACGUCACAA